AUCUUUUAUCCGUAAAAAUUGCGUUCAAUUUUAUACCUCCAUUUUAAGACAAUUUUUAUAAAUGAUUCUCCUGCUCAAUUAGUAUUUUUCGGUCAUCCAGCGUAACAUUAUCUGAGAAUGUAAUAAUCCAUUUUACCGUGUAGUAAUUUUACAACUGUUUUGACAGCUAGAGAGAUCUUUUUCAAAAUAAAGUCGUGAUUCCUCUAUAUAUAGUCCUCUCCUCCCAUUCUCUUUUCAAGUCUCUACAUCUCUGCGUCGCAUUUUCUGAGUAUAUAGGACUUGUUGUCAGUUUCUCUCUCUACAGUUAUAUAGCUAUUUCGCAUUCUUCUCUUGUUCCGAGUUUACAGAGGAAGAAAUGGCGGGUGGUGGUUUUGGCCCCGGCCCCGGCAACGGCAAGGGGAAGGAAUAUCCCGGCAAUCUCACGGCGCAUGUGAUUGUCACGUGCGUUGUCGCAGCCAUGGGCGGUCUUAUUUUCGGUUACGAUAUUGGAAUUUCCGGUGGAGUGACGUCGAUGGAUUCAUUCUUGGAGAAGUUCUUCCCCUCCGUGUUCAGGAAGGAGAAAGCGGAUACAUCGACGAAUCAAUACUGCAAAUUUGACAGCGUGCCGCUGACUCUGUUCACGUCGUCCUUGUAUUUGGCGGCGCUGGCCUCCUCCAUUCUCGCGGGGACGGUCACCAGGAAACUGGGGCGGAAACUGUCAAUGCUGCUCGGCGGCGUCCUAUUCUGCGCCGGGGCUCUCAUUAACGGCUUCGCUUACGCUGUUUGGAUGCUCAUUCUCGGCCGUCUUCUUCUCGGAGCUGGAAUCGGCUUUGCCAAUCAGUCCGUACCUCUGUACCUCUCGGAGAUGGCUCCCUACAAAUACAGAGGCGCACUAAACAUCGGAUUCCAGCUAUCAAUCACGAUCGGCAUCCUGGCGGCCAACGUGCUUAACUACGGGUUCGCGCAGAUCAAAGGCGGGUGGGGCUGGCGGCUGAGCUUGGGCGGCGCAAUGGUCCCCGCUCUCAUCAUCACCGUGGGCUCCCUAAUCCUCCCGGAGACGCCCAACUCCCUGAUCGAGCGCGGGCAGCAGGACAAAGCGCGCGCCGAGUUGAAGAAGAUCCGCGGCGUGUCGGACGUGGAGGAGGAGUUCCAGGACUUGGUUGCGGCGAGCGACGCCUCCCAGAAAGUGGAGCACCCUUGGAGGAACCUCCUCAGGAGGAAGUACAGGCCGCACCUCACCAUGGCCGUCCUCAUUCCUUUCUUCCAGCAGUUCACCGGCAUCAACGUCAUCAUGUUCUACGCCCCCGUCUUGUUUAAGACCAUCGGCUUCGGCGCCUCCGCCUCCUUGAUGUCCGCUGUCGUCACCGGCGCUGUCAAUGUCGGCGCCACCAUGGUCUCCAUCUACGGCGUUGAUAGGUGGGGGAGACGCUUCCUUUUCCUCGAAGGCGGAAUCCAAAUGCUUAUUUGUCAAAUUGUUGUAUCGAUUUGCAUUGGUUUGAAAUUCGGGGUAGACGGAAAUCCCGGGCAGCUGCCCAAGUGGUACGCGAGCGUGGUGGUGACGUUUAUAUGCAUCUAUGUGGCUGGGUUCGCUUGGUCGUGGGGCCCGCUGGGGUGGCUGGUGCCCAGUGAGAUUUUCCCGCUGGAGAUUCGGUCGGCGGCGCAGAGCUUGAACGUUGCCGUCAACAUGAUCUUCACUUUUAUUGUGGCUCAGGUGUUCUUGACUAUGCUCUGCCACUUGAAGUUCGGCUUGUUCUUGUUCUUCGCCUUUUUCGUGGUGGUCAUGACCCUCUUCAUAUACUUUUUCCUGCCGGAGACCAAGAAUGUUCCUAUCGAGGAGAUGGCGCUCGUCUGGAAGAAGCAUUGGUUCUGGUCCAGAUUCGUGACUGAGGAUGAUUUUCCUAAUGGAUCGCUUGAAAUUAACCACCAAAAAGCGUGAUUCCGAAUAUUUACUUUUAUGGAUAACCAAAAUAUUUGUGAUAUUUCAAACUUAUUGUGAUGGUUCUAUUGCUAGAUUUUCCCCUUUCCUUUUGAUUAUGUUUACGAGAAAGAAAGAUUGCAUGGUUUCAAUGUCCAUAUUGUGAUGAUUCGGUAUAUAAUAUUAUUGAUAUUAUACCUGAAA